CGUGGCGGCUGCGGGGUGGGUUGAGCGUCAGACUGGUCAGCUGUCGAGUCGACUCUAGGAGCUUCCUUGCUGGAGCGGCUGUCUGCGGGUAAACGUCACCUAUCCAGAGCGAGCAUUCAGAUGCAGCAAAAAUUACUUGACCGAAAAAGGAUUGUUUCCAUGGAGUCAUUUGCACAGAACAUUAUUCCUCCUUUACCAUUUAGAUGUCCUAGAUGUGGUGAACAUAGGCGAUUCAGAAGCUUAGCAUGUUUAAGAGCACAUCUGGACUACAGCCACACCUUUGACACAGCAACCAGCCUCACCAUGUACAGCCUGUCUUCAGGAGGCAAACCUCUAGAUAGCACGCAUGAGAAAACAAUCACCUUUAGUGACAAUGAGAGAUACAAGCAGCAUCUAUUAAGUCUCAAAAGUCAGCCAAAUGAUGCAGAAAAAAAGAAGAAAAAAACUUUUAGUGUAGUUUCAGAAAGAAAAGUUACCCAUGUCACUGAAGAGUUUCCAGAUCGUCGUAAAACUUGGUACAGAUCAGCAUCAUCAGGAAAUCUUGCUGCUUCUGCUGUGAUCAUGAAGAGUCAAAUGAAAGACUUGUUUAAAAGAGAUGAUUGUGCUGUUGAGGAGAAGAGAUUAGAAAAGGUGAUUGGUGAAUUGGCACAGACAAACAGAGAGCUUGCUAAUGCCCGUGCGCAAUUUUUAGACUUGUCUCAAAAGAAGCAAGAAGUUCAUGCCCGUGAGAGGGCACUGAGCAGGCAAGUUGAUGUUGCAGUUGAAGUGAUUGCUAAUAUGAGGCACCAGCUUCUGGAGUUUGAAAAAGCUUUGGAAAGAAAGGAACGGGAGGUGAUCAGUAUCCACAGCUUUUUAGAAGCUGCAGUCCAGCAUGAAAUGUGUGGUAAAGCAAGACUUCAGCAUUUCAUAGAGUAUCUUCUGUGGCGAAUUGACUUGGCGGAGAGACACCUAGAAUACUAUCAGAGGUCAUCAAGGCAUGCAAACAUCAAAAAAUAUAUUGUCAACAAGAAUGUUGAAAAUACAAGUCAAAGAUAUACUAAAGCCUGGUCAUCAGGAGAUCAUCUAGCAUUUACUAUUCUUCCUGAAAAAAAACAUUCACAGAAUGGAAGCAGUUCCAGACAAUCAGUAAACAUUUCAAGUUCCAGUAAAGUAGAGAGCGGUAGCAAAGAUAUCAGGAACCCCCAAAGAGCAACAAAUGAUUAUGCAACAUUUGUACAUGGUUAUUCUGCUCAUAAAAAGCAAGAAUAAAACAUGCUAUGCGAGUUGCGAGUAAGCUUUAUAAUUGAUGCUACUGGAACUAUGCUUAACUGCAGACAUUCCUUAUCCCCAGUCUCUGCCUAGCGAAAGAGAAGGUUUAGGCUUUUAUAGUAAAUCUUCCAAUGUGCUAUUGGCUGUUUAUUUUUAAUCAAGAAGUUUAGUACUAUUGUUUUUGUUUGUUUUUUUUUUGGAACAGUGAAAGUUGAUGAAGAAUGCUACAAAUUCAGUCAAGUGAAUGUAUUAAUAAAAUACAAGUACAUUUUUUAACCCUGUUAAUGCAGAAAUUGCACAAUUACUUUAUCAGAAAAUGAAGGCUAGCCUUGGACCUUUACAGUUAGUGCUGUCUUUUUUAAAUGUUGAGAUGUAUUCAUUCUGUUUGUUGAGCAAAUGUAUUUAAGAUACAGUACCUGUUACAUACAUUUUUGAAAGAGAAAAGUACUGUUUGCCAUUAAAUCUUAUACUUUUUGUCUACCACUAAGGCUGCCUUGGCUAAGUUAAAGAAGCACCAGUUUAAAUACAUUACUGUUGAUCAGAUUCCCUGCUUUAAGUAGGAAUCCCAAUUUAUAGACCAUGCCAUUUCUAAUUUUGCUAGUGUUCAGUUCUUUUGUAUUCUACAACAACAACAACAUUUAUUUAUGUAGCACAUUUUCAUACAAAUAAUCUAGCUGAAAGUGCUUUACAUGAUGAAGAAAAGUGAAAAAAAGACAAAGUAAGAAUUAAAAUAAGACAACACUAAUUAAUAUAGAGUAAGAGUAAGGUCCAAUGGCCAGGGAGGACAGAAAAAACAAAAAAACUCCUGACGGCUGGAGAAAAAAAAAAAAAAAUCUGCAAGCGUUCCAGACCAUGAGACCGCCCAUCCCCUGCUGGGCAUUCUACCUAACAUAAAUGAACAGUCCUCAUUGUAUUUAGGAUUCUCAUGGAAGGACUUAAUGAUGAAGGUCAUGUAGACUGCUGACUUUUAAUCCAUCAAUGUAGGAACAUCAUGGUGCUUUGAUUAGGUGGUGGUGGCGCAGGUUGCCACCACAGAAAACCGGGGAAAAAAAAUAGAAGAGAGAGUAGGGGUUAGUACGGAUUUUAGAGCCACCAUGAAUAGUUAUGAUAAUUAAUUUAAUAUACAGAUCAUCAAGAUUAAACUAAAAUGAAGCUAUGAGAAAGCCAUGUUAAAGUAAUGAGUUUUUAGCAGUUUUUUUUAAAGUGCUCCACUGUAUUAGCCUGGCGAAUUCCUAUUGGCAGGCUAUUGCAGAUUUUAGGUGCAUAACAGCAGAAGGCCGCCUCACCACUUCUUUUAAGUUUAACUCUUGGAAUUCUAAGCAGACACUCAUUUGAAGAUCUAAGGUUACGAUUUGGAAUAUACAGUAAGGUGUCAGACAUUCCGAUAUAUAAGAUGGAGCGAGAUUAUUUAAGGCUUUAUAAACCAUAAGCAGUAUUUUAAAGUCAAUUCUGAAUGACACAGGUAACCAGUGUAGUGACAUCAAAACUGGAGAAAUGUGCUCGGAUUUUCUUUUCCUAGUUAGGAUUCUAGCAGCUGCAUUCUGCACUAGUUACAAACAAUUGCAGGGCAUUUUAAUUAGUAUUUUUAUUAAUGAUGUUUUUAAAAUGCUUUUCUAAUUUCAAAUGCAAGGUCACUGGGUUGUUUCAAUCAAUUUACAGUUAAGGAACAUAUAUCUAUUUGAUUUAAAAACCUAUUUUUCCAAUUCAUGGCUACAGGGGACUAGAGCCUAUUUUGACAG